ACCAGAUGUUGACUCCUCACAUGACCUCGGUCAGACGAUCUUGUUCUCGCCUCGGACAAAAAUAUUGACAAAAAUAAUUAAAGGAUCAAAAAAACUUUAAACUGAAGAAUAUCUGUUGUAUUUUUCAUCAAAAGGGAAAAAAUGGCCGGAACUGAUGACAAAGCUAUGACAAGUCCGUCCUUUUGCAAAAAUGGAUGCGGCUUUUAUGGAUCACCAAAUACUGAAGGAAUGUGCUCGAAAUGUUUUCGAGACUUGAGGAAAGAGGAAACGUCCGUUUCUGUAGCACCGAUAAAAUUGAUAGGUGGGAACGCAAGAGAAAGAACCACGGGAACCUUAAGCUCAAACAACAACAGUUGCUCAUUUAUCCCGAGAGGCAGUGAAGCGAUCAAUCCGUCAGCUGACAGCGACAACCGACUAGGCGAGUCUGUUGCGACGAGCGGGGGCCUACCGACAAAUAUUUCCAGCAUCGCCGCUGCCUCAUCCUCAUCAGCAACAGAAAGCACCUCAGACGAAGCAGCCAGCGUCACUGCAGAUGCUUCCCCAUCUACAUCACAGAAUAAAAGCUCCAAACCACGUUGUAAAGUCUGCAAAAAGAAGCUCGGCUUAACAGACAUGAGCUGCAGAUGUGGCGGGCUCUAUUGCAGCAUGCACCGGUACCCAGACGACCACGCGUGCUCUUUCGACUACCGAACUGAAGGUCAGAAUGCACUCCGCCUAGCCAACCCCAAAGUAGACGGAGAGAAGAUUGCCAAGAUUUGAAUGGUGGCCACGUAGAGGGAGUAAGCUGUGCAGAAUGAGUGGGCGGGCAAUGACAACUGCUGAUUGUUAUCAUGCGACACGGCAAACCCGAACUGUUCCUUGUUGUCUCUUUCGUCCAGUUCUUCCUUGGAUAACCGCCUACCUUAACUGACUCACUCAUUAGGAUUUGCUUACUUCACUCAACUAAUGAACAACACACGUAUCGCCCGAAUUUUUCAAGUAGUUUAAAAUUAUGUAUAAUCGGAUUCAACUUCAAAGCAACGUUAUAUGAAUUCAAUUGUUAUUUGGUGCAUGCAUUAAUCAAAUUCAAUUUACUGUUUUUUCCUAAA